CGCCGUUUGCGAGCCUGCGUGUUCUCGGCAAUGGCGGCUGCGUCCGGUUCAGUUGGCCUUCCGCGGUGUCUGGUGUCGCCGGCUGGGAGGCACAGCGCCUCUCUGAUCUUCCUGCACGGUUCAGGUGAUUCUGGACUAGGACUGAGAACAUGGAUCAAACAAGUUUUAAAUCAAGAUUUAACAUUCCAGCACAUAAAAAUUAUUUAUCCAACAGCUCCUAGCAGGCCAUAUACUCCUUUGAAUGGAAGCAUCUCUAAUGUAUGGUUUGACAGAUUUAAAAUAUCUAAUGACUGCCCAGAACACAUAGAAUCAAUUGAUAUAAUGUGUAAAGUGCUGUCUGGUUUGAUUGAUGAGGAAGUAAAGAGUGGCAUCAAGAAAAACAGGAUAUUAAUAGGAGGAUUUUCCAUGGGCGGGUGCAUGGCGAUGCAUUUAGCAUAUAGAAAUCACCAAGAUGUGGCAGGAGUAUUUGCUCUUUCUAGUUUUCUGAAUAAAGGAUCUGCAGUUUAUGAGGCUCUUAAGAAAAGUCAUGGUGUCCUUCCUGAGUUAUUUCAGUGUCAUGGAACUGCAGACGAGUUAGUUCUUCAUUCUUGGGGUGAAGAGACAAACUCACUGUUAAAAUCUCUAGGCGUAAGCACAAGAUUUCAUAGUCUUCCAAAUGUUUACCAUGAGUUAAACAAAACCGAGUUAGAAAAACUAAAGUCAUGGAUUCUUACAAAACUUCCAGGAGAAAUGGAAAGGCAAAAUGAAUGAAUCAAGAUCAGUUUCUUAGUGGAUAUGUCAUGUCUUUGUAAAAAGUAGUUUUUAUUGUCAAUUGUAAUGAUACAAGAAAUAACUACUGGCUGGUUUAUAUAUUAUCAAAAUGUCUAGCAUCAUAGAGAGUAACAUAAUCUUACUAAUAGGAAACAUUAAUUUAGACAAACAUCUGUGCAUUAUUUUCAGAUACAUUUUUAUAAGUAUUUGGAGACCUUUUUAAGUAUUUACUAAUUCAACAUUUUAAACUAGUAUAAAUAAGAGCAGGGGUAGGCGUUUGGCACAACAGUUAAGAUGCCCACAUUCUAUAUUGGAAUGCCUAGGUUUGAGUUCCAGCUUCACAACCAAUUCUGGCAUCCUGCUGAUGCACACACUAGGAGGUAGCUGAUGAUACAGCUAAAGUAUUUGGGUCCCUGCCAUCCAUGUUUCAGACCUGGAUUGAGUUCCGGGUUCCUGGCUUCAGCCUUGCCCACCUCCGUCUGUUGCAAGCAUUUCUGGUUGAACCAACAGAUGGAAGAUUUUCUCUCUCUCUCUCUCUCUCUCUCUCUUCCUCUUCAUGCCUUUAAAAUAAGAUGAAAAUUAAUUUAUUUAAUGCAAUUUUUUUAAAAGAGAGGAGCUCAAAACCAGGUCAUCGAGGUCUGGGUAAUGUAUAAUGAGAACUUUAAAAAUAAGUAAGGGCGAUGAGAACGCAUGAAAGGACUCAGCAUGUUGUUAUCUUUCCUUCAAUUAUCAUUCCAAAGAUAUUUGUGUUUAUCUCACUUGAUAUCACAAGAGAUUCAUGAAAUAAGCUGAGUAAUGAUUAAUGUUUGGUAGUACAGGUAGAGGUGCUAAAAAACAAAAAAAAUCUCACAGUGAUAAGAGGCAAGACUAGAAUCCAGAGCUUCUCAUGCUCAAAGGACUUCUCAUUCUGUUAAACCAAUUAGCUGCUGUGCUCCAGGUCUCAAUUUCAUCUGUAAAAUGAUAGUACCUACCUAACCCAUGGGGUUUUUGUUGAGUUUUAAAUAAAAUAAACAGCCAAACUAAUACAUAAUGAGCACUCAAAUAUUAGCUGUAGGGUGGUCAUGAUCUGUUUCCGUGAAGACUUUGUCAGAUAAUGAAUGAAAAAUGAAAUUAUGUUUCUUAAUUGCAAAUGCUCUUGAUAUUGAUUAGUGAGCUCUUAUGCAUACAUAGUUUUAUUUUGUCCUGUUUGAUGCUCACACCAAUUUUUUUAGGAUUGGCAAAUUAUGUAUCAUUCCCAUUUUACACAAAUGCAAUUGUGAUAUUUUCUUGCCUUCAUUCAAUAAAAUU